GAGUUACAAAACCAGAAUUUUUUUCUGCAUGAUGGAACUCGAAGAGAUAUGAAGACUGCCUUCUUGAGAUAUUCUUGGAGUAUUGUCACUAAGAACACCCUCAAUCUUCAACUGGCAUGAGUGAGAGAAGAAGGGAGAAGGCUGGAGGGGACUGCUACAGCAGUCCUAACACCCCACAUCCCAGUAGAGACUUCUAUCAAGUGGUGAUUUUAUGCAAUGGCAUCAAGCCGCAGUUCUUCACCAGUGCCUCAGUCAAACAGUAGAGAUGCUUUCUUUAAAAAGGAAAUGGAUUCUGCUAAACGCUUUCGACCUGUGCAAUCACUGCCUGAUGUAUGUCCCAAGGAACCUACAGGUGAUCCUAAUAGUUUAGGUGACAGCCCAUCUCUAGUUGCAGAUCAGCAUAGAUGGACAAUUUAUCAUUCCAAAGUAAAUCUCCCAGCGGCGCUAAAUGAUCCUAGGUUAGCAAAAAGGGAAUCCGAUUUUUUUACAAAAACAUGGGGACAGGACUUUGUGGACACAGAAGUCGUACCUUCAUUCUACCUCCCACAGAUAAACAAGGAAAAUUUUGCAUUAUAUCAACAGGAAAUCAUUCAGAGAGAGAAGAUCCAUGAAAGAUGCAAGAAUAUUUGUCCUCCUAAAGAUAUCUUUGACAGGACUCUCUUACAUACUCAUGAUAAAUCCAGGACAGAUCUGGAACAAGUACCUAAGAUUUUUAUGAAACCAGAUUUUGCCUUGGAAGAUUCCUUAACGUUUAAUGCCGUUUUACCAUGGUCUCACUUUAAUACUUCUGGAGGAAAAGGAAAUCGUGAUGCAGCUUCCUCAAAGUUGCUGCAAGAAAAGCUGAGCCAUUAUCUGGAUAUUGUGGAAGUAAAUAUUGCUCAUCAAAUUUCUCUACGCUCAGAAGCAUUUUUUCAUGCAAUGACCUCUCAGCAUGAAUUGCAGGACUACCUCAGGAAAACCUCCCAGGCUGUAAAAAUACUUCGAGAUAAAAUUGCCCAAAUUGAUAAAGUAAUGUGUGAAGGAUCGCUUCAAGUUUUAAGACUAUCACUCACCAGAAAUAACUGUGUGAAAGCAUACAAUAAACUGAAGUUAAUGGCUACUGUACACCAAACGCAGCCUACAGUACAACUGCUGUUGUCCACUUCUGAAUUUGUUGGCGCAUUGGACUUAAUAGCAACAACGCAUGAGGUACUGCAGCAGGAACUUCAGGGCAUUCACAGUUUCCGGCAUCUUGGAUCACAGCUUUGUGAGUUAGAAAAACUCAUAGAUAAAAUGAUGAUUGCAGAAUUUUCCACCUAUGCUCGUAGUGAUUUAAAUAGACCAUUUGAAGAGGACUGUCAGAUUUUAGAAGAGGAAAGACUUGUAUCACUAGUAUUUGGACUUUUAAAACAAAGAAAGCUCAAUUUUUUUGAAAUAUAUGGUGAUGAAAUGAUUAUUACAGCAAAGAACAUAAUUAAACAGUGUGUGGUUAGCACGGUAUCGCAGAUAGAAGAAAUAGAUACAGAAGCUGUCAUUAAGCUUGCAGAUCAAAUGAGGAUGAUGAAUUUUCUUCAGUGGUUUGAUCUACUGAAGAAUAUUUUUUCUAAAUUUACUAUCUUUCUCAAAAGAAUUAAGGCUACCUUAAAUAUUAUUCGUAGCAUGGUUCUCUUGGUUCUAGACAAGAACCAAAGGACCAGGGAACUGGAGGAAACUUCAGUACAGAAGAACCCUGCAAAAGACAAUACUGUGGAUACAGAAGUAGCUUAUCUGACUCACGAAGGCAUGUUUAUAAGUGAUGCAUUCAGUGAGGGUGACCUCCCAUCUGUAGCAGUUGACACUACCUCUCAGAGAAAUACUUCUCCAAACAGUGAGCCCUGCAGCAGUGAUUCAGUAUCUGAGCCAGAAUGCUCUACUGACUCUUCGUCCAACAAAGAACAGAUGCCGUCUUCUGUUAUACCAGGGGGAGUAGAGAUUAUGAUCAGCGAAGAUAUGAAACUGACUGAUCUGGAGCUGGAAAAACUGGCAAAUAACAUUCAAGAGCUACUUUACAGUGCCUCUGACAUCUGCCAUGAUCGUUCUGUCAAGUUCCUCAUGGCAAGAGCAAAGGAUGGGUUCCUGGAGAAGUUGAAUUCCAAUGAGUUUGUUGCCCUGUCUCGAUUAAUGGAAGGAUUUAUCUUAGACACUGAACAGAUCUGUGGCAGAAAAAGUAUGUCGUUGCGAGGAGCACUUCAGAGUCAAGCCAAUAGAUUUGUGAAUAGAUUUCAUGAGGAGAGAAAAACAAAACUCAGUUUGCUGCUAGAUAACGAGCGCUGGAAGCAAGCUGAUGUUCCUGCUGAGUUUCAGGAUCUUGUUGAUUCUGUAUCAGAUGGCAAAAUUAUUCUACCUGAAAAAAAAGCAGGUGCUGCUGAAGAAAGAAAGCCAACUGACUUCCUUAUUGUUGAAGGACAAAAGUAUGCUGUGGUUGGGACAGUGUUGCUAUUAAUAAAAAUAAUACUUGAGUACUGCCAGUGUGUGGAUAACAUCCCUUCUAUUACUACUGACAUGCUUACUCGUCUGUCUGAUUUAUUGAAGUAUUUCAACUCCAGAAGCUGCCAGCUAGUUCUCGGAGCAGGUGCAUUGCAAGUUGUUGGUUUGAAAACAAUAACUACAAAAAAUUUAGCUCUCUCUUCACGCUGCCUGCAGCUAAUUGUACAUUACAUUCCUAUUAUCAGGGCUCAUUUUGAAGCUCGACUGCAGCCUAAACAAUUUAGCAUGCUCAGGCAUUUUGACCACAUUACUAAGGAUUAUCAUGACCACAUAGCUGAAAUUUCAGCAAAGCUUGUAGCCAUAAUGGAUAGCUUAUUUGACAAGCUAUUAUCAAAGUAUGAGGUGAAAGCUCCUGUUCCUUCAGCCUGCUUCAGGAAUAUUUGUAAGCAAAUGGCAAAGAUGCAUGAAGCUAUAUGUGAUCUCCUCCCUGAAGAGCAAACACAGAUGUUGUUUUUAAGAAUUAAUGCAAGCUACAAACUUCAUUUGAAGAGGCAGCUGGCCCACUUAAAUGUAGUCAAUGAUGGAGGACCUCAGAAUGGAUUGGUUACAGCAGAUGUUGCUUUUUACACUGGAAACCUUCAAGCUUUGAAAGGCCUUAAAAAUCUGGACCUAAACAUGGCUGAGAUCUGGGAUCAGAAGAGGUGAUAAUCUACUAGAAAGAGUCAGUUGUUCUGACCACCAGAUGUCUUGCUUUCAAGAAGCUUGAGGUGAAUACUUAUGAGUGGAGUCCAUGAGAGGAUGCUAUUGAUAUUUGGGGGAACUAGAUUCAGAGUGAGCUGCAGGGAGUGAGUGUCCUUCAGCAAGAAACAAGGGAUCAGCUGUCUGUGCAAUUUUUUUUUAUUCUCUCUGGAACAGACUCAGGUUUCUUUGGACCAAAUCCAAACACACACACAGCUGUAGUUGUCUAGAAUGCUCUGUAUAUCUUUGUAUUAAAAAAGAUGCUUUACAUUUCCUCUAGUGCAAUGAAAGUCACAUGGUGUCCCACCUUAUUUAAUGAUGGUAUAAUAUAAAAUCUUGUAGUUGAACUCUGUAGAAAAUGUUUUUCUCUAUGAAACUGCGGUUCUAAAAUUUAUUUUUUUACAGAUCUUUAUAAGAAAUAAAUGGCUCAAAUGCUUGCAUGUAGGAUUCAGAUUUAUUAGGGAGCAGAUGUUUCAGGGUAUUUCUUCCAGCUAGGCUCUGUACCGACACUAGAAGAUACAACUUUAGUAAACAGUAUGUUCACUUAAGCCAUUAUCUACUGGAUAGAUUUUAAAAUAAUCAUUAGUGCUGAUAGAUACUUCAAACUGAUACCAAACCAGUGAUUUAGCUCUGCCAAUUCAUCUACCCAUCCCCCUCCCACAAUUUUAAACAAGGUGUAAUGGAGUGUAUUUAUUAGAAAGGGGGUGGGGUAAAAAGAGUAGAAUAAAAAGUUUUAGGCUGCUAUCACUUUUGUUGCAGUAGAUGGGAGAGGUGAUGGCUGCAACUGGUUUAGGCAGAUUGAAUGAAGACUCUCUAAUACUACCUUUUAAGUCUGGAAGCUGCCAGUACUAAGUAAAAGUGCCUGUGUAUUUCACCUCCACAACUUUUUACCUAAACAUAGUCUGAGUGCCUAACCUUUUAAUGAUUACAUAUGAUGGAGUGGUCUACAGUGUUUGUGUGCCUAUCUGUUAGCAUAACAGAUGUCAUUGUCAAUCAAAAUAAAGCUAUAAAAUCAC